UUCUCUCUCUACAAUUCUCUCUCUAAAAGUCAUUAUUAAGAGCGGUUUUUAUGCAAUUUUCUCAUUCUCUUUUCUUUUGGUGGUUCCUAUUAUUUCUCCUAUUCGAUUUCUGCUACCCUUCCCAUUUCUGGCUAUAUUAUUCACUCCCUCGCCAAAUUCUACUCUCUACCCUUUUUGUCUUUUGUCUUGGCCUCCCCGACCAUUCAACCUCUCUCAUUUGUUCUGAUUUAUUUUUCAAUUCCAUCAUUUGGAUUCUGUUUUUUGCUUCAUUCUGCAUCAAUCCAGGCUUGAUCUGGGUGAAAAUUGCUGUCUUAGGUGCUCUAGUGAAGAUUUGAAGCUCAAUUUUUGUUGGAAUUGGUGAAAGUUUUGGGAUUUGAAUUGAGGUUGGUGGCCAACAUUGUUAAACAAAUGCCUUUUGAUUUCUCGUUUUGAAGGGGAUUCUGUUGCAUGUUUGAGAUUUGGAGAAGUGUAUUUUUAUGUAAUAGAUCUGGUUUUUAUGAUAGAUAUGCCUUUUUAACUUUUAUUAUGAAUUUGUGAAUAAAAAAUUGAAAAGAGGGAGUGAAGAUUCUUAUCCAUUUUCUCUGCUUGAACACCUAAAAGGGUCAUCAAAAAGUGUCUUUUUCUUCUGUAGUAAUUAAAAAGCUUUGGCGAAUUCAUUUCCGUUUCUUGCUUCUUGGUGAAUUGCGUGAUUCAAGCGUUUCGAGGUGGCUUUUUAAGGCAAAUCUAAGCUACAGUUUGAUUUACAGGCCGUGAGUUCCAAAGGGUAUGUUGCAAUUUGCUCAUAGAUUGUUGUUUAAGAGCUUGAUGCCUGAUUGACGAACAAGUCCAAUAGCUAGGCUUUCAAUUCCAAAAGAGUUUUGCUGGAUUCGCUCUCUGAUUCCUAACCAGAGCUUGAGGGUGAAUCAGUUGGUUUAAUAGGCUGUAUAUUCGAAAGAUUUGUAUUUAUUUUCUGACAGAUUGUUGUUUGAUCAAUAUAAGGUUGAAUUUGGUUGAUUGAUCACAUCAUUGGGUUGUGACUUCAGAAGGACUUUUUAGUUCUUCACCAAUCAGUACUUACGGAUCCGUCUUCUAGAAAUAGUGGGUGCUAUUGUCCGGCUGGUCUGGAGUGCAUAUUCGAUAUUAUCAGGGCCCUCAGGAUGGGGUCCUGCUUGUCUGCAGAAAGCAGGAGCCCUCGCCCUGGUUCGCCUUCCUCUCCUGCUUUUGGGAUCAAGAAGAGGAAGAACUCGAAGAAGCGACCAGGCUCACGGAAUUCUUCUUUUGAUUACAGGAGGGAAGAGCCACUUCAUAGGAUUCCAGGGAGGUUAUUCUUGAAUGGGUCGAGCGAUAUUGCUUCACUGUUUACCCAACAAGGCAAGAAAGGGACCAAUCAGGAUGCCAUGAUUGUUUGGGAGAAUUUUGGAUCAAGAAAGGAUACAGUGUUUUGUGGAGUGUUUGAUGGCCAUGGUCCCUAUGGUCAUAUGGUUGCUAAAAGAGUGAGGGAUCACCUGCCCUUGAAACUGAAUACUCAUUGGGAAGUGAAUAUAGCCAGUGAGGAUGUUCUCAAAGAGAUUAGCCUUAAUACUGCUGGGAGCAUGAACUCUGAAGACACUGCUUUCCUUUCUGCUGAUGAAGCAUCUAGAGCUUCUGUUGAACUUGAGGACACUGAAAAGCAACCAGAAUUUUUUCAGACACUGAAAGAGUCAUUUCUCAAGGCUUUCAAAGUUAUGGACAGGGAACUCAGAGUGCACGCAAAUAUUGAUUGCUUUUGCAGUGGGACUACAGCAGUUACAUUGAUCAAGCAGGGUCAGUAUCUUGUUGUUGGUAAUGUUGGGGACUCCAGGGCUGUACUGGGUACAAGGGACAAGGAUGACUCUCUUGUUGCUGUUCAGUUGACAGUUGAUCUCAAACCAAACCUUCCAGAGGAAGCAGAAAGAAUUCGGAGGUGUAAAGGGCGCGUUUUUGCUCUUCAGGAUGAACCUGAGGUAGCUAGGGUCUGGCUACCAAACAAUGACUCUCCUGGCCUUGCCAUGGCUCGAGCUUUUGGAGAUUUUUGCCUGAAGGAUUUUGGCCUUAUUUCUGUGCCUGAUGUAUCAUUCCGGCAUCUGACUGAUAAGGAUGAGUUCAUAGUUUUGGCCACUGAUGGGAUUUGGGAUGUUCUCUCAAACAAAGAAGUGGUAGACAUUGUGGCAUCAGCCCCAGCUCGUUCUUCUGCAGCGAGAGCCUUGGUUGAAUCAGCAGUUCGAGCUUGGAGAUACAAGUACCCAACCUCCAAAGUUGAUGAUUGUGCUGUAGUUUGCCUGUUCCUCGACACGAGCAAUUUAUCCACCGCAUCAAAUGCUAAUGCAAAAGAGCAGCAGCCUACUCCAGUAGAGCAAACUGACAAUGACUGUCAGAAAGAUGAGGAUCCCUCUGGUCCAACUGGAUUGGGCCGCUCAAGUACUGUGCGGAAUGGAAAAGAUGUACUCUUAGAUGGAAGUGCAGAAGAGGAUUCAUCAAAGCAAGAAGAGAUGCUGUUGGAAUCUGGGAUAGAGUGGUCUGCACUUGAAGGAGUUUCACGCGUGAACACCCUGUUAACUUUGCCAAGGUUUGUGCCUGGAAAGGAGGAUAAGAAGGCUAAGGCUGCCAGAGAGAUGAAGGCUCGGAAAUGACGAAAGAAAGGUUUUGUUAGUCCUGGAUUUUAUUAAUUAAUUUAUAUUCUUUCUCUUUUUUCUUUUGUUUCCUUAUUUCUGUAUGGUUAAUUUUUCAACAGAAGGGGGGAAAAUUUGUAGGGCCAUUAAAUGAUAAAAUUGGACAGGAGAGGUUGGCCCAGCUAUAUUAGUGUGCCUGGGAAAUUCAUCCUUUCUUUCUCUCUCUCUCUCUCUAGUGUGGGUGGAAUUGGAAUUGGAAUUGGAAUUUUUGUAAAUCCAACUCUCCUCCGUCUAUAUUCUAUUUUGGGUGUGAUGUGUUGGUAUGUUGAUAAUAAUUUUGUGACAAUGAAGCAUCCUAAAAGUUUCAACUGUUGUGAUUUUUCUUUGA